UGUGUGUGUGUGUGUAUGUGUGUGUGUCUGUAUGUAUGACAGUGGCGCUGGUAGUAGCGGUGGUAGUGGUCGAAGUCUGAGAGACGACGGCAAUAGUAGUAGUAGUAGUAGUAGUAGUAGUAGUAGUAGUAGUAGAAGUAGUAGUAGUAGUUGCGGUGAUGGUGAUGAUGGUGGUGAUAGUGGUGAUGAUGGUGGCUAUUCUUCCAACCACCACAAACUCUUCACUCCAGUGUAUUGCAACGCCUCCACAUCUUCAUUCAAACCAGGGGACGGCGCCCCCCUCCCUCCUUCGGGCCCCCUAAGAGAGAGCUGUCUGCCUUCACAUCACCACCACCGCCACCCUCACCACCAUCACUGCCGCCGCCGCUGGCUCACCGUCUGGGUUCCUGACCUCCUCUUGGUCGCACUGCUGCUUGGCGGUUGGUAAAUUGCAAGGAAUAAAUCGCUCUAAGGAGGUAACAGAUAAUCGGGUUUUACUCGUUAAAACCCAGCAGUGACGCGUUAAGGAAUUAAAGGGAAGAGGACAGAGUACAGUCCCCAGGGCCGCAACCACCAGGCCCCGCCGCCCCGCCACCCCGUCGAGCCGCUGCUGGGCUGAUCACAUCCCGGCCUUAUUGGUCAGGUCCCGACAACAGCCACUCGUCCCGGAAGCUGCACCAGCCCUCACGUUCAAUAUGUACAUAGGUCUGCCUGAGCACUGCGAGCCCCUACAGCUCGGGUCCUCGCAGACUUGUGAUCAGGAAGGCGGGCGCUGCUCGUGCACUUCCGGGAACUUUCAGUCCUCUUAAUAAUUUCUCUUUGUUCUUCCCGCAGAACCCGCGCCCCACCGCUGCUGCUGCUGAAGGCGAGGCAGUGCGGGCAGCGGGUUGCCUCUCUCAUGACAGCCAGAGCCUGGAGACCGCGAGGGCGGGCAGGCCUGCUAAUCUGUGGGGCGCGGAGGGUGAAUUCCAACGACACCACGUCAUGUGUUAGUCCCGGGCACGUGUGGCGGGACAGUCCAUGAGAGCCUCAUCUUCAUUGCGGCCACCGCCGCCUGCCGGUGAUAAAAAUUGCAAGAAAUUUGACAUGUGGGAUCCACAAGAAUGGACUUAACCCGGGCGUGUCCUCUGUAGCACUUAGACCCGCCCCGCCCACCCACUGGUGCCGCGGCCAUGUCUUCGUGCCGCCCCCGCCGCCACAGCGUCGUCACCCUUCGCCUCACCGUCACCCCAGACGACAUGGACACUCCGAGGCGGCAGCCGUCACCGCCGCCCUCCAGCCACCCCCUAGCCCCACCCAGCCCCCCGACCCCGGUCACACUCCCGCCACCGCUACACUACCCAGUCCCGCCCACCACCCACCUCGCCUCUCCGCCGCACCCCCACCUCCCCCUGCCCCGCAGCACACCCCCGCCCCUCACACGCACCCCAACCACGCCUCUUAGCCGCACCCCCACUUCUCCCAUGGCCCGCACCCCCACCUCACCCUUCUGCAGAGAGCCCACCUCCCCCAUGGGUCGCUCCACGCCCUCGCCUGUGUCCCCUCGUAGCGUGAGCGGCCGACACUUCCGCUAUGAUGUUUGGGCGGAGCAGCGGGGCUUAAGGCGGCGCUCCUCACUCCUGACGGUGCCGUCCUCCUACGAUACCCACUCCGACCUCCACCUCAGGCUGCCCCGUCCACGCUCCUCCUCCAUCGCUGGGCCGCUGCGUCCUCCUGACCUCGCCAGGUACCUGUCGGACAUGAGCCAGCGCCACCACCGCGGUGAGGACGGCGGCGGCAGUGGCGACGUCAGCAUCUGCAGCAGCUUUGACGAAUCUGAGCACGACCCUGACGCCACCAGCCCGCAGUACGACCCCACGGUGAGGAGCUCCAGCCACGACCUCGGGCGCAGCACCACCCCUUCUGCCGCGUUCAUCAGGUCGGGCCCCACCUCCCCUGGCCACGAGCCCUUCACCACAGACUCCCCGAGACGUCGAAACAGCAGCGCAGACCCGGGUACGGGUGUGUGUCGCCUGCGUCAGUUUAGCGUCACCUCCCGCGGCGGAGUGGUGAACCGCGGCGAUUCCUUCCGCCCGCGCCGCUCCGCCUCCAACACCUCCGUCACCUCCACCGUCUCCUCCUGCAGCAGAGAGCGUCUUCCCAGCGUGGGAUCGGUGCCGUCCACGCCCGGGUGCAGCAAGGUUCCCACUCCCACCGCGCCGCCUCAGCACCGCGUCGUCAUGAUCGGGGCUCCGGGCGUAGGCAAGUCGACGCUCAUCACGCAGUUCAUGACCUCAGAGUACAUGUGUGCGUACGACGACUCCCCAGCAGCGUCCUCCUCUUUGCGCUCCGGGUGGAUGCAGUGCUCUUCUCGUAGUCAUGGCAAUGACGAGGGCGGGGCGGAGCGCAGUGUCUCCGUGGUGCUGGAAGGAGAAGAGGCAGAGCUUGUCUUUAUUCACCUGCAGGAUAUUACUCAAGCCAUUGCGCGCGAGGGCCACGCGGACGGCUGGGUGGUGGUGUACAGCAUUAGUGACCGGGAGAGCUUCAAGUCAGCCUCCACAGCGCUGGGCAAGGUGUGGUCCCUCGGGCACGUGACCCACCGCGCCGUCAUCCUGGUGGGCAACAAGACAGACCUGGAGCGCACCAGAGUGGUCAACACAGCAGAGGGCCGCACGCUGGCCACCACCUACGAGUGUAAGUUCAUCGAGGUGAGCGCCGGGUUUGACCACAACGUGGACGAGCUGCUGGUGGGCAUCCUGACGCAGAUCCGCCUGAAGCAGCAUGCGCAGACCGGAGGUGAGGGGACGGGCCACCUCCCCAGCGGCGGCAGCGUCGACAUGUCCCCGACAAACAGUGUGGGCAGCACCGGUGUCUCCUCCCCUGGCGGCAACGCCAGUAAGCUGCGGCACAAGAACAGUUUCCGCGUCAAGGGAAUUCUGAACAAACUGCUGAACAAAGACCGCAAAGCAAAGUCGUGUGAGAACCUGCAGGUGUUGUGAGGCGAGGCGAGGCACGCCCAGCCCCGCCGCGCCCCGCCCCUGCACACACAGCGGGGGCAGGCCGGCACCAACACCACGAGACGCCACGCGCCCCCUGCCGCAUGAGCACAAAAUUUCCACAUACACAUAGAGGAAAGCAGUACUGUUGCCUUAUAACAAAGACUACCUUGAGGAAUCAUUAAAAAAGACAACAAGAAGCAAUAGUUAGAUUAUUAUUUAUCAGAGAAUCAAGCCAUCGUGUGUCGAUGGACAGUCUCGCUGGCGUGUGUGUGACGAGGCUGAGAACGCAGGAAUGCAGCACAGCAACAACAACAACAACAAUAAUAACAAUAACAGCAGCAAGAACAACAGCGAUGACAAUACUAAUAACAGCACUAACACCAACAACAUCCGCACCACAAACAGACAGACAACCCUAAAAGUCUCUUUCAUCACUACCACCACCACCGCCGCCACACACGUCACGCCCCUCGGCUGCCCCUUCAAUAAGUGUCCAUGAGUGUCGGUGUGUGUUUUUCUCGUGCUCUUGACGUGGAUCGUCGUCUACCGCCUCGUGGCGUCAUGUGUCCGUAAUGAUAAAGUAAUGCUAAGAGUAACACACUGAACAUCACCUUCGAACUUUCUUAUUACCGUCGACUUGUGUGUGUGUGUGUGUGUGUGUGUGUGUGUGUGUGUGUGUGUGUGUGUGUGUGUGUGUGCAAUGUUUCAAUCUCAUUCACAAGUAUAAAAUAGUGGAUGUUUUAUUUCUAUUUUUCGUCUGGUGUAACAACAUUUUGGUGUAGCCACGUCUUCAGCUCAACUGGUGUUACUUAACUUAACUCAAACCUUUUUAUAUGUGACGUACAGUACUGUAAGGUGACGCAACACUUCUCACCUAGGUAAGUAAUGGUUAUAGACUUUCUCGACAUUACCGCGGAGAAAGAAUAAAAAUCAAAUUCCUACUUGUGGUGAUGAUGAAGAAAAAAGAAUGUAUACACGCAUAUCACCUUUCCCUUAUGUGUCCUUGUGUGUCCUUGAGCACUGACACCCGGCCACGUGCAUACAGGGAUAGACAAAGUUUCCGUACGUACAAGAAAUACGGACAGCAUGGCACGAAACACGGACGUAUGUACGUAUGUAUGUAUUAAUCCUGCUCAUCCUUGUAACUUCCACCCAACACACACACACACACACACACACACACACACACAAGCUAUCGCAGUAACUGACGAAAGCGGCGAGGAAAGGGAAGUGCCAGUGUCUGUCUCUCCUAAAACACGAACAAAAAUAAAAACUUACAUUGG